UAGCGUUUGGUUGCGACCACACCAUGUCCACCUUCGAGAAGCCUCAGAUCAUUGUCCACAUUCAAAAGGGCCUCAACUACACGGUGUUCGACUGCAAAUGGGUGCCCUGCAGUGCCAAAUUCGUGACGAUGGGCAACUUCGCCCGGGGCACCGGCGUUAUCCAGGUGUACGAGAUCCAGCGCGGGGACCUGAAGCUGCUGCGGGAGAUUGAAAAGGCUAAGCCCAUUAAAUGUGGAACAUUUGGUGCCGCUUCUUUGCAGCAGAGAUUCUUAGCUACUGGAGAUUUUGGUGGAAAUCUUCAUAUAUGGAACUUAGAAGCUCCAGAGAUGCCAGUGUAUUCUGUAAAGGGCCACAAAGAAAUCAUAAAUACCAUAGAUGGUAUAGGUGGACUUGGAAUUGGGGAAGGAGCCCCUGAAAUCGUGACAGGCAGCCGUGAUGGAACUGUAAAGGUGUGGGACCCGAGGCAGAAAGAGGAUCCUGUUGCUAACAUGGAACCUGCACAAGGAGAAAACAAGAGAGACUGUUGGACUGUGACAUUUGGCAAUGCUUAUAAUCAAGAAGAACGUGUUGUCUGUGCUGGCUAUGACAAUGGGGACAUCAAGCUGUUUGAUCUCAGAAACAUGUCGCUGCGGUGGGAGACAAACAUUAAAAAUGGGGUGUGCAGCUUGGAAUUUGACAGAAAGGACAUAAGUAUGAAUAAGUUAGUAGCUACAUCUCUAGAAGGGAAGUUCCACGUCUUCGACAUGAGAACACAGCAUCCUACCAAAGGCUUUGCUUCUGUUACAGAAAAGGCCCAUAAAUCCACUGUAUGGCAAGUCCGACACCUGCCUCAAAACAGGGAGAUCUUUCUGACAACGGGAGGCGCUGGGAGUCUUCACCUCUGGAAGUAUGAGUACCCAACUCAGCGGUCAAAGAAAGAUUCCGAGGGCUUGGAGAUGGGAGUCGCGGGUUCCGUCAGCCUUCUGCAGAACGUGACCGUGUCUACUCAGCCCAUCUCCAGCUUGGACUGGAGUCCUGACAAAAGGGGGCUCUGCGUCUGUAGUUCCUUUGACCAGAUGGUGCGUGUGCUGAUAGUUACAAAGCUCCAGAGCAUUUGAGUCAGACUUUACACUUGACGUUGUCCAGAGGGCUACUCACAGAGCUGUAAGUUCAUCUGUGUUCUGCAUUCUCUGGCCUCAUUGAAGACAGUUGGAUUUGAGUGCUGAGUGACAGCCAUGGGCACAAAGCCAGCCAGCCUCUAGCAUCUUAGGGUGUUUGCUGGCCUGACUAGCAUGCUGCUACACAUGAAGGUACCACACACCAGCACCAGCUUUGUUCCUUUCCCCCAUGUUUCUACUCAGAAAAGUUGGAGCCAGGAGUUGUGGUAUUUGCUGGUAGUGCCAGCUACUUAACAAGCUGAGGCAGGAGGAUCAAUGUAGCCCGUAAGAUCAAGACUAGCUUGGGCAGCAUAGUGAGACCCUGCCUUUAAAUACAGUUGUAUGCAAGCACUGAAGAGAUGGCUUACUGAGGAGAAGGUCGGAUGCUCUUGCUGAGGACCCAAGUUUAGUCCUCAGUACCUCUAUCAGGAGGCUUACAAUUCCUGUAACUCCAGUUGCAGGGCAUUUCAUACCAUUUUCUGGCUGUAUUGGGCAGUGGUACUCACAGACACAUGCACAUUCUUAGAAAUUAAAAAAAAAAAAGUAUUUAAAUUAAAAAAAAAUGUAAAAGCCAAAGUCAAUAGUUAUUAUUUUACUGUAUUUUAAGUCUGUUCUGUAUUUGCAUAGCUCUGUGCUUUCUCUGUACACUGUGCUCCUACUAGGAAUCACUUCACUUGGUCUCUAAGGUGCCAGAAGACACGGUUCGACUGGCCAGCCUGGAGCACUGUUUUCAGCAGUGUAACUGGUAAAAUACUGUGACUUCCCACUGUUUCUCUUUUACUCAGAUGCCAGCGUUAGUGGUCUUUUGACUGUGGUAAGUGAUGACGAGCCAUUGAAGAUUGGAGUAAUUUUUUUUAAACCUUUUUGUCAAACCUUUAAAGUAUAUAUUUUAAAAUAAACAUGCUUUUAAAAAUAUUUGGAGGCUUUGAUCCUUUCGUCUUGGUUCUCCCUCUCUUCCUCCUGUUAAGUAUACCGUAGUUUUGCUGUUCUUGACGCUGGCCCACAUCAUAAGCUGAGCUUCUGGACAGACUGGAUUAGUCAUACCUGCAUUAAACCUGUCUCUCCCAGCUCAGUCCAAAGGGACAGAGACACCUAUAAUAUUCAUAUUUACAAAACCAAUGAGCUCUUUAUUCCCAACAUGCUUUUGUAGAACAGUGCUGUGGAGGGUUAGGUGCUGGCUAUGUAAGGAGGAACACCUGAGUUCUGAGGACUCUCAUAAUAAGGUGGAAAGACACAGACACUCAAC